AUGAGGCUAACUCAUCCUAUAUGGCUCAUCGCCUUAAUUGGUGGACGACAGGUGUGUCUUGGGGCUCCUCAUGAGUCUGGCUGCGGGCUGGACCAUCUGGACUGGUUGGCCCUACAUAACGAUGCACAUGUAGCCAUCGACGCUCAGAUACCUGACCUCAAUGGGGAGGCUGUGGUUGAGGACAGAGAAGUGGACGAUUUCUGGUUCGGCAAAGACGAAGAGAUCUGGAAUGCCAAGGACAAUUACCAGUACAAUUCUGGGCAGGUUCUGCUUCAGUCACCGCUGGAGGAGAACGUCCCUCUUGACGAGGUUGCAAGUGACUCUAUCUCUUUCGAUUGUAAGACCAAAGAGCAAGUCAUUUAUAAUGGCCAAUCGCAAAUGGUAUUUACUGAGGUGCGCAACAAGGCACCCCAAAAGGUGGACAAACUCAUUAUAGAAACGCCAGACUUGAGACCAUGGAAUCUAUCGAUCACCAAGUUCUGGGGUUCGUGCCCUGGAACAAAGCCUGGCGCGACGAGGAUUCGAUGCGAGUACAUAGAUGUGCAUCCGGGCUCGGUAAGGAUUGCACAGAUCAAAGUUCAACUCGGGGAAUACGAGGGCUCAGCUAUCGAAUUCCCAAUGAAAAUGACGUCGUAUGUAAAUGGCCAUCUCAAAGACGACAAGGAGGUGAAGGUUCACUGGGACAAACGCGAACCCUUGGUGUACAAGCAAACCGACCCUUCGAAGUUCCCCCAACCUCGCACAUUUAAGGUAUCUCCACUCGUGUCUCCACCCGAUGAGGCUCUUCGAUUGAGACAGCAAUUCCACUGGUCGGACCUCCAGUCCACGGGCUUCUACCUCAAUCCAAACGAGCCGCUCACCGUCUUUGUGGAAUCCAGCGUAAGAGAUGGACCUAAACCUCGGCUUGUGCUGGGACCUCCGGCUUUGGUUCACCCCGAUCACGGUAAAGAGCAUGUUCCGGCUCAACUAGUGGAGCUUCCUCCGUUGGAAAAUGGCAGAAACAAGAGCGUCCAUAACUUCGGCGGCAUUAUCUACAUUCGGUAUACUCACAGGGCUUCCGACCAGCCCCCACCUCCAGUGUUCUUGAGGCUUGGUGACACAGCUGAGCCGUUUCCAUUGUUCCGUGAGGGCUCGACUACUGAUGCUCAGUGGAAGAGUAUGCUGGAUGUAACAAAGGUUCCUUUUGCCGAACACGACGGCAAGCGAGUAAUCAUCACGGGUCUCGCGAAGCACGCCAAGAAAUAUGCGGACAACGGCCAGCGCCAGCAGGAACUGUUAGACACUUACGCGCAUAUAAUAGCUAUCCAGGAUAGAUUCAGUGCUCUGAAGUACAAUGCGCGCGAUCCAAGAGACAGACCGAGUCUACUCCGGCCCAUGGUGGUAGAAUCAGUGAAUAGUGGCGUCGCCACUGCAACUAAUUAUCGCGCUGCCAUCCCCAACAGACUAUCUGACCAGAUAUAUUGGGUCCCAAGGCUGCGUAAUUCAUGGAUGGUCUUUCACGAACUGGGCCACCAGCGCCAGAUUACCCGUACCUGGAGCUGGCGGGCAAUGACGGAAGUCACAGUCAAUAUUUACAGUCUGGCAAAUCUGCGCGAAUAUAAACCUCCAGGCCACAAAAAUGUCGCAGAGUGGGACAAUGCAAAGCAGUAUCUCACUAAGGCCAGCAAGGAAAAGGACUUCGACAGCGCUGGCUUCUAUCUCAGUCUUGUGAUGUUCGAGCAACUCCGUGUUGUUUUUGGGGAUGGUUUCUACCAUGAGCUGCAUCGGGACGCCCGCCACACGUUAGUUGUUGACAAGGAUGCCGAUAAAAAACAUCAUUUCAUGACCAAGGCGGCCCAACUGACUGGGCAGGAUCUGACCGAAUAUUUUACAAAAUGGGGCCUCAAGCCGGAGGACCGCACAAUCAAUGAAAUGAAGAAACAGCCUAAGCCGAAGCGUGACUACACGAAGACGCCCGUCUACGGAGGGCAUCAAAUGUAUCGAAUGCUAGAGCGAAGCCGUCGGAUUGAGGAAGCUCUUUAA